UAUUUUAGAUGCUCAGCAGAAAUGGUUUUCAUGUUGCUCGAUUAAAGCGGAAAAUUCUGAGCCAAUCGCAGUCCCUCAGAUGGUUUAUGUCAACCCAUGAUAUUCGUCGAAAUUUCAUCAAAUUCUUUGAAAAUCAUGACCAUAUACAUGUACCAUCUUCCUCUGUUGUGCCACCUUUCGAGGACCGUUCAUUACUUUUCACAAACGCUGGGAUGAAUCAAUUCAAAUCACUGUUUCUGGGGCGAGCUGACAGUCGAUGGACUUUUCUCGAGCGGGCUGUCAGCUACCAAAAAUGCAUCCGUGCCGGCGGAAAGCACAAUGAUCUGGAGGAUGUUGGAAAGGACCUGCACCAUCAGACAUUUUUCGAAAUGUUAGGGAACUGGUCAUUCAACAAUGCUUACUCCAAGGAAGAUGCAUGCAGAUUAGCUUGGCUUUUUCUUACUGAUGUACUAUCUAUUGAUCCUUCUCGCUUGUACGUCACGUAUUUUGGCGGAUCAAAAAGGUUCAAUCUACCAUCUGAUGAUCACUGUAAGAACAUCUGGUUAUCAAUAGGCGUUCCGAAGUCUCAUAUCCUACCUUUCGCAGAUGAAAAUUUCUGGGAAAUGGGUGCUAGCGGUCCUUGUGGACCUUCCACUGAAAUUCAUUAUGAUCGCAUGCCUGGUCGUAAGGAUGUUGGUAAUUUGGUCAAUGAAGACGAUUCCAUUGUUGAGCUGUGGAACAUCGUUUUUAUCUCUAUGAUGAGGAUUGCUAGCGGUAAGCUCCAACCUCUUCCAAGCCAACAUAUUGACACUGGAAUGGGGCUGGAGCGUCUUGCAUCCGUUGUGCAGAAUGUUCCGUCAAAUUUUGAUAUUGAUUCAUUGAGUCCUAUCAUGAAGCGCCUAUCAAAGAUGUCCAAAAAAGGACCGUACACAGGCAAGGUUGGUGAAGAGGACGAAAAAGGUCGUGAUGCAUCAUACCGCAUUGUGGCUGAUCACAUGAGAGCGAUUGUUAUUGCCUUGAGUGAUGGUGUUGAACCCAGUGCCGUUGAUAAUGGAUUUAUAGUUCGUAAAAUGAUGAGGCGAUCCUUUUGGCAUUCCGCUAACAAGCUGAAGAUUGAUCGUUUCGCUUGUGCGGAAUUAGUUCCUGUUGUAAUAGAAACACUGAGAUUAGCCUAUCCCGAUCUUGAAACGGCUGCAAAACGCAUUAAGGAAUGCGUGGCUGAAGAAGAGAGAAAUUACUGGAGUGUAAUAGAUAAGGGGGAGGAAAUAUUCGAAAAGAUACGGUCGGAUUUGCCGAAGGAUGCCAGAGUCUUUCCAGGUGAGGAUGCUUUCAAACUUCACGACACUCAUGGCAUCCCCAUAGAAAUCACAGAAGAUCUCAGUAGAGCGCAUGGUUUGACUGUGGACAAAAAACGAUUUUUGGAGCUGAAAGGGGCGGCAAAGGUCCUAUCACAAAGCAAAAGCACGUUUAAGAAGGAGUUAGCCUUGGAUACUAGUGGCUUAAAGUCUUCUGAUAAGGUGAAGUACGACUACCAUUUGGACCAAGAUGGAAAAUACGUCUUUCCUCCCGUUACAAGCAAAGUGCUUGCGUUAUUUUGCAAAAACAAUCGCGUCGAUUCCCUGAACACCGAUGGGUCAAUAGUUCUUGAAAAUUGCCAAUUUUAUGCGGAAGAAGGUGGGCAGAAGUGUGACAGAGGUUUUUUGGAGCUAGACGAGAAGCCAGUCUUCGAAGUUUCUGCAGUGGAGAAGAUAAAUGGGUUGCCUGUUUUGCAUGGAAAAGUUGUUGGAGGUGCUGAGUUGACGCGUGAUAUGAUGGUCACUCAGAAAAUUGAUGUGGACCGUCGCAUGGCACUAAUGCGUGCACAUACUGCAACUCACUUGCUCAACUGGGCACUGAGGCGUGUAGGUGCAGGACGGGGUCAGCGAGGUUCUUCCAUAGAAGAGGACUCCUUCCGUUUUGAUUAUGCCACUGAUGAUUGUGCUGGAGAGGAUGACAUUGUGGAGAACGUUGAAGCAUUGGUCCAGUGUAUGAUAUCCGAACAUAAACCGGUUGUUUCGGACAUGCUGCCCAAAGAAAAAGCAGCUGAGCUUCCAAUGUUGCAGUCAGAGUUCAGAGAGGGAAAAGAGUAUCCUGCAAUCGUUCGUGUUGCACGCAUCGGUAACAACACAGCCGAAGCGGUUGCUGUAGAGUGCUGCGCUGGAACGCAUGUGCUAAACACUUCUUCCAUUGUCGACUUCACCAUACUGAGCGAUCGUUCCUUGGCAAAAGGCGUUCGAAGGAUUUUUGCGCUGACUGGUGAGAAAGCAAAACGAUCUCAUAGAUAUGGGUCUGAUAUUGUAUCUAGACUAGAAUCUAUGAGUGGAAGCCCGGAAGAUACUGCGUGGAUCGAGGGAAUUGACUGGGCGCAGAUGCCAGAUCAUGAUCACGGUGUUGCUCGAAAAUUGAUCAAAGUUAUAAAGAAGAAACGGAAAGCAAAGAUUGCUAAAUCCGAUGAAUGCAACGUGAAUGUGAAGGAGGAAUUGAAGACAGACGAAUCUCAUGCUUGUGAGGAUACCAUCAGUAUUAAAUCGUGCAGUGCAGACACACAGAGCUGCUUGAUUUGCAAGGAAGAAUCCCAAGAAAGUGGUGACGCAGUGAAAAAAGAGGCAGCAGAUGCAGAAGAGCCUUCUUUCUUCGAAUUGGUCAACUCGCUUUCGGCUGAUAGCGAUGCUUUUGCUGAAGCUAUAGAUGAUCUGGAAAAUAUAACGGAAAAUGUUCAUUGUUUGAUACGUAAUACCAUACAAAGUGAUGGCCGUCCUGUUGGAGCUUGGAAGGACCUUUGCUAGUGGACUUUUUACUCAUGUACAUAUUGCAAUGAAUCUUUGACACUUUUUUCUUGUUGUAGUGAGCUGAGCAUCAAGAGUGUAAAUAGAUAGCGCACAAGAAAUAAUUAAUUACGCUUUUACCGGC